AACACCUGUGUCUGCAAGCUUCCUCGCGACAAACCGUUAGAGCUCGCGCUGGGACAUUCCAGCUAAUGAUUAGACAUCUAAGGACCACCUGGCUAACUAAGGUGUAAAGUGGCGAUAAAACAGGAACGAUAAACCAUAUCUUUGUAACAUCUGAGAUUAAAAAGAUGACAAAUCCAAACUGCGUUAAUCUUGACAAGUUCAUGGAGGAUUUUGUUCAGCUGGAACAGAAAAUUACAGACAGUAAUGGCAGAAACGCCAUGUUGGAGGUCAUGUUAGAGGAUGCCAACAGACUCCUGAAGUUCACGCUCAUGAAGGAGAAGAGUCUGGUUGAGGAGAAAGACAGCCUCCUCAUCACGGUGAACAAACUGCAGCAGACUCUGCAGGAGCAAUGCAACCUCAGAGUGAAAAACGAGAGACUGAAGACAGAAUUAAUGGAAGUGAAACAACAGAACGAAAGAGCAGUGGAGGUUGGUGAGGCUGCAAUGCUGCGGCUGCUAAGUAAAAUGAGAGUAGAAGAAGAGAGACACAAGAGGGAGCUGGAGACUGUAAGACGGCAGUGCAGCAGAGAGGUGGAGGACGCCCACAAGGAGGCUCUCACUCAGUUGGAAGCUAAAGAUCGUGAUGUAAAGAAGCUGAUGGAGGAGAAGGAUCUGGAUCUGGAGAAGUUGAAGAAAAAGCUGAAGGACCAGGAGAGGGACACCCAGAGCGAGCUGUUCAAGUUACAAAUGGAGUUUGGUGCGAAGUUAGCCCGAGUUCAGAAUACGGCUCAGUGGAGCCAGCAGCAGCAGCUCCACGGCUCCAGCCUCAUCCCACAGAGCGUCUAUAAGAGGAAGCUGCAGUUUUUCCAAGAGGAGAAGAACAAAGAGAUUGAGGCUCUACGUCAGAGAAUCAAAGAGCUGGAAGAGAAUCAGCGUGCCAGCAGCUUGAGUGACAGCCGUCUGAAGAGGAGGAAGAUCUAGUUCGUUUAGAGGUCAGCGGUCAGAGGCCGACCCCAAAGAACUGCAGGUUCAUGGCGUCUUUUUAAAAUGUUCAGAGUUGGACUACAAACAAAAUGCAGUUCAGUGCAGGUGUAAGGCUCGUGUAGAUUUGUUGUUUCACUGCUUCGCUCGCAGGUGACGAUGUGCAGAGUACAUUUAAACACAUGCUGCAGUCCAGUCCAAGAGUCUAAUCCAAUUAGACUCCUGCAAGGAAGAACAGAACAGAGGGGAGAAGGAGCAGGAGGAAGCACGCUUCUGAAUGAAUCACAUCAGAGGAAGACUAAUCCUGUUCAAGAAAUUAAAGCUGUUUAUCUUUUUCCAUUCAAAAAAAUGAUUGAACUUGAUUUAUCCAGCUUGCGUGUUUGCUGCAAGAUUCUUUGAAUUCGAGCUGGAAAUGUUUCUGUUAUUUGGAUCUAGCAACGUUCAAGCUGUUGCUUAAUAAAUAAAGUUAUGACGUCAGAUAAAUGGAAAAAGGUUGUCUGGCUCUGACUGAGAGAACGCUGCCUGCCUGCAGGUCUAAAUGGCAUCAAUUAAUGCUUGUUUGCUUAAUUAAUUCAUUAGAAAUAGUUUUAUGGGAAUUAUAUGCAUGAAUAUUUGCAUUUACCAUCUAAUUCUUUACCCCACAUUAUAAUCAUUGGCGCUUUUGAUUGGAAUUUAUAAUUGACUGAUCAACCAGGAACAGAUGCAACCCACGUGUUUGGG